UCAAGUAAGUGGAAUAUGUCUUGUCGCUGCAAACUCGCACAACAAACAACAGGUGUAUCUAGAGCAGAGGAAAACUCGAAUAAAAUAUCAGAGAAAAUUUCCAUCGGAUCACCAAAUGAUGAUCUCCACAAGAAAUCCAGUUUUCUCAUAGACAAAAAUGGAUAUACCUAUGAGUCCGUGGUAGCAACUGCAGAAUUCUUGAAAAAACUGGUGCCUUUCAGUCCUGUCGUUGGAAUAAUAUGUGGAUCCGGCAUGGGUGCGUAUUGGAAUAAAGGGUCUCUUGCUGAUAGUCUUCAGGACAAAAUUGUGAUUCCUUACGAAGACAUACCUAACUUUCCACGAAGCACCGUCAAAGGCCAUGCUGGAGCUCUAGUAUUUGGCUAUUUGUCAAAUGUUCCAGUGGUAUGCAUGAAAGGUCGCUUUCAUUACUAUGAAGGCUAUCCCCUUUGGAAGUGUGCUAUGCCUGUGAGAGUCAUGAAGCUACUCGGAGCCAACCACCUGAUAGCUACUAACGCGGCAGGAGGUUUGAACCCCAACUUCAGAGUAGGAGAUGUUAUGUUGGUGAAAGACCACAUCAACCUUAUGGGAUUCGCAGGGAAUAAUCCUCUCCAAGGACCCAACGAUGAGAGAUUUGGUCCUAGGUUUCCGCCAAUGAAUCAAGCCUACGACAAAGACCUCAUCAAGGAGGCCAAAAACAUAGCCAAAGAAGUUGGUUUGGGAGAUAACAUCCACGAAGGAGUAUACACUUGUCUUGGUGGACCGAAUUUUGAAACUGUUGCUGAACUGAAUAUGCUCAAGAUGCUUGGAGCUGAUACAGUUGGAAUGUCUACUGUUCAUGAAGUUAUAACAGCCAUACACUGCAAUAUGACUGUUUUGGCUUUCAGUUUGAUCACGAAUGAGUGUAUUACCGAUUAUGAAUGUCGAGAUAAUCCCAACCAUGAAGAGGUUAUCGAUGUGGGGAAGAUGAGGGAAAAUGUACUUGGGAAAUUCGUUCAGAGAAUAGUAGAACAUAUAGCCAAAACGAAGAAUGAAUGAAGCAACUGAGUAAUCUCAAAAAAUAUGUCUAAUUUUUUAUUUAUACUUUGUACUUAUUCGUUUUAUUUAAUAUAUUUUUUUC